GUUUUCAUCUUCUUCGCAUUGCAUUAAGUGGAAAAAUAAGAAACGAGUCAGACACAAGAAAAACAGAAAUAAAAUAAGAACUAAGAUAGAAAAUAAAUAAAAAGAGAAAGAGAGUCUUUUAAAGAGGAAAAAAAAUCAUAAUUUGUAAGAAAAAUGAAAUUGUGGAAAUCCAAAAAAUCUGCAACAACAAGUUGCGUGUCAGCAGUCAGUGGAAAACUAAAUCUAAGUGGAAAUAAAAACUAUAAAGAUGAAGAUAAAAUCGAGACAAUAUCAGCAGCAUCAACAGCAACACCCACAAAUCAAAUGGCUAAUGGAUUACAUCAAGGCCGUGCAUUGAGUCCAGCACAGUCAGAAGAUUCAGGAUUAGCAGCAGAUCGAGGGACAACAUAUGCUACAAUUUCAAUACCACGACAGAAUGCACAAUCUAUGGGAAUCAUAUUCGCUGAUCGUCCCGAUGUCUCAUAUCCUCCAAUGAUUGAAACAAUUAAUCUACUGGAGCCAAAUGCUGAUUUCUUAGCGCCAGGCGAUCGUAUCCAUCAAAUUGAUGGAAUUUCUACAAUAGGUUUAACAAAUGAGCAAGUAAUGAAUAUCUUAUUGUGUAAUCGAGAGGAAAAUGCUGUCAUAGAGAUUGAAUAUUCACUGCCAGACUACCUUUCACAAAAUAGUCUUUGUGUCACAACGAAAUUGGCACAAGUAAUAGUUGAACGGGAAAAUGGAUGUCUCGGUUUAACGCUUCGAGGAGGUUCAGACAUGCCGAUUAUUGUGACAAAUGUUCGUGCUUAUGGACCGGCAUAUAAAACUAGUCGUAUAAAGCCAGGCGAUCGAGUAUUGCGCGUCGACAAUGUAUCUCUCGUACACAAGUCAUUAACGGAAGCGCAACAAAUUCUGAAAUGUGGACACAACAAUCCAUUCUGUAAUCUCACAAUUGAAUAUGAAGUGUCGGUAAUGCAAAGCGUUGAAUUUAGUCUGGGGCCGUUACUAAUUGAGAUAGAACGCUCGAUGAAUGAACAGAUGGGAUUAGUUCUAUGCAAUUACAUGCCGCUGUCAUCAGAUUUCAACCGAAUUGAUUCCUUACAGCCAGCUGGAAUUUUCAUUUCUAACAUAAUUCCUGCAAGUAUUGCUGAUCGUUGUGGUGCUUUGUCAGUUGGUGAUCAAGUCUUAUCAGUUGAUGAUACAAUCAUUGAAAAUACUGGAUUUGUGCCUGAUGAUGUCUUACAACUAAUUGAUUCAAAUUGUACGAAAGGAUUUACGCAGCUUCAAAUACUUCCUGCUCAUGCCAUACUCAGGCGAAAAGGUCUUCAAUGUACAAGUCCAAAAUUUUCCGGCUUUAAUACAAUGGAUCCACGUCGAACACCAAAAAUGAAUCAGAAUAAGAAAUUCUUUCGGAAAAGUUCAUUGCCAUUAGACAAUAAUGCGUCGAUUAUGGCUCGUACGGAGAGAAUUCAAGUUGUUCUUGACUGCACUCAUGGCUCGGGAUUAUGCCUUAGUAUGACACCACAAAGUGGAAGUGGAUUUGUUGUCACGAAAAUACUACCAGACUCUGUAGCUGAGCGAUCAGGCUGCAUUCAAAAAGGCGAUCGAAUUAUUUCGGUCAAUAAACUUUACAAUCUUGACAUCCAGUUAAUUCGACAGAUUUUAAGAGAUGUACCAAUGACGUAUCAAUCACAACAGACACAGAAUGCUCAUUGGGUUGAAGUGGAAGUGGAAUUUGAUAUGAUUGUUGAUGAAUCGACGCGUGGCAUUUUUAAUAUCAAAUUGAUGAAAACUAGUCGGAAUGUAGGUCUUGGAAUUACAGUGAAUGGUUCCUCACAUGGUGCUUUUGUUGUAACGGACAUAAAAGCUGGAUCGCCAUCACAUCGAGCAUGCAUAAAAGUUGGCGAUAUUUUAUUGGCAAUCGACUCACAUCCUAUACAGCAUUUUAAUGUCGAUGUCUUAUUAAAAGAAAAUAAAAAUGACUGCAUCACAUUGACAAUAAAGCGUAAUGCCGUUCCUGAUUUCCUCUAUGACAAUCAGAAUCGACAGAAUGCCAACGUUACUUAUGCAAAUUAUGAUGUCCUUACGAACACAUUUAAUGGAAUUUCGCUCAAUAAUGGUGCGAAUAACAGCAGUAGUAAUAACAAUAAUAAUUUACGAUCAAAUGAAAUGCUCACGAAGCCCAACUCAUCACCAUACUUUAAUGAAGAACCACAUUAUUCAGUCGUGCCUGCACCAAGAUUUUGGAAUACAAUGAAACCAAACAAAGCGGAACAACAUUCAGAAGAUGUUAUGGGAAAUUCAAUUUCAGCAACAGACUUGGUCAAUUAUAAUAACGUAGAUUAUGCAGCUGCACAGAAAAUGAUGAGUUUAAGUAUCGGACCAACGUCAUCGCAUGGAACACAGACAGAAGAAAAUGAGGAUUCAGUCUUUCAACCUAUCCCAAAUAAUUCAUUAAUGACAUCUUCAUUUAUCACACAACAGCCUCAUGUAUUUAAUGUUAAAUUACAACCAAAUGGUGCUACCGCAUUAGGCAUAACAUUGUCUGGAAAUGAAGAUGGACAGAAGCCAAUAAUUAUCAGUGGAUUAGCAGAAAAUGGUGUAGCUUCAAAUACAGGACAGAUUCAAAUUGGUGACACUCUUUUAGCAAUAAAUAAUGAAAAUGUAGUCGGAAUGCCUUUGUCAUGUGCCACAAAAUUACUUCAAGUUCAGGAUGAUAUAAUAGAAUUGAGGCUGUCAAGAAGCAAUAUUAGUAAUAAUCAAAUGACAAACUCAAUAUUGUCAAUAAAUGAGAAAAUGCCACAACCACAAGCUCUUUAUGCGGAAGUUCAAAGACGUCCAUUAAACUUGAUGAAAGCGGAUGCAAUUUCAAACUCAAGUAGUCGCAGUGGAAGUAACAAUAGCGAUGGACAAUUGAAGACUAUCCACGUGACACUUUACAAGGAUCAAGUUUAUGAUGAUUAUGGAUUUUCUGUAUCUGAUGGAUUGUAUGAACGUGGUGUCUAUAUAAAUAGAAUUAGAAGUGGAGGACCUGCUGAUCAUGUCAAUGUCAUGCCUUAUGACAGAAUUAUACAAGUAAAUGGAACUAAAACAGUGGAUUUUGAUUGCUGCCUUACAGUGCCUUUAAUCGCAGCAUCAGGAGAUAAAAUCAACCUGAUUGUACAGCGUGGAAUUUUAUGAGAACAAGAGAAACUUUUUGACAAGAAUUACUUAUACUAUUAUUAACUUUUGAGUAUUAACAGAUAAUUUAUACAUUAUUCUGUAGCUUUUAAGACUAUUUGAAUCACUAAUAUUUUCUUCUUAAAUUGGAAAUAAAAUGCAGGA